AUGUUGAUCCUUGCUCUGUACAGACGUGAUCUUCUUUCUCUUGCAGCCUCCCUUAACUACGGACCUCAUGACCUUCAGGGUUCAGUGAUGUUAGCUUUGAGCCACUACAACUCCUCAGCCUCCCCGCUCUUUCCUCAUUUCUCUAAUGACAGCGCAGGGAAGUUGGAGGCCAGGGUGACUGUCGAAGGGGUGACAGAUCAGCCAAACUUCUCCCCAGGGCAGCCCACCACCGGAGGCGUCAUUGUCGUAAUACUGUCCAUGACACUGGGCAUCAUCUCCAACAUUGUGGCCCUUAUCAUCCUGGCCAAUGCGUACUCCCUCCAGCGCCGCCGGACCAAAGCCACGUUCCUUCUGUUUGCCUCUUCACUGGUGGUCACAGAUUUCAUUGGCCACGUGAUCCCUGGUGCCCUGGUUCUCCGACUCUACCUGUCCGGAGGUGUGCACCAUGAGGACUCCAACUCUUCUGACAGGAUGUGUCAGUUCCUGGGUGGCAGUAUGGUUUUCUUUGGCCUGUGCCCACUGUUCAUGGGCUGUGCCAUGGCUGCAGAGCGCUGCCUGGGUGUCACUAAGCCACUGCUGCACUCAUCCCUGGUCACCAAAACCCGCACAAAGAUCUGCCUGUGUGUCAUCUGGCUGGCAGCUCUGUGUGUGGCCAUGUUGCCGUGCUUUCAACUGGGCUCUUACACCUAUCAGGACCCAGGGACCUGGUGCUUCAUUAAAGUGCUCAGUGACACUGAGGAGGUGGACGUGGCGUUUGUGGUGCUGUUCUCCGGACUAGGUCUGACCUCGCUAGCUGUAGCGCUGGUGUGUAACACCAUCAGCGGACUGACGCUGGUGCUCGCUCGGCUCAGGAGGAAGCCCGGCUCCCAUCACUCAGCCAAGUCCCAUGAUAUAGAGAUGGUGGUGCAGCUGGUCGGCAUCAUGGUCACCUCAUGUAUCUGCUGGAGCCCUCUGCUGAUCUUUGGCUUGAUGACUGUUAUCCACUCCUACACGAGAUCUAUCGGAGAUGACCUAUUACAGUAUCAAACCCUGAUGGUGAUGGGCGUGAGGCUGGCAACGUGGAACCAGAUCCUCGACCCCUGGGUCUACAUCCUGCUGCGCCGCACUGUCCUCCGCAAAAUCUACCUCAUCACUAAGUGCCAGGCAGGCCUUAGGGGUAAUAUGUUAGGCCGCUGGGAGCCCACCUCCUUUCCCAGCUCAGAGAAGAAUGAAGUCAACCAAGUUUGAGCUGAGAGAAAGACUUAUACCAUACUUUGUGGAUGUACUUUGUCACCAGCUUGUUGAACAUACAAAGAACUCAGCAUGCAAAGCCGCUUAGAAGGAGACAGGAGAAGAAACCUGUGGAAGGAACUAACUUUGUUGCCGUGAUGGUGGAGCCGAUCACAUUAGACAUGCAGUUUGACAUUUCUCGGCUGGUCCACUAAAGAAAUGUUUAAUGGAUUCAAUCAGAAUAUCUCUUUCAUAGUCCAUCGAAGUUUACCUGUGAGUUAAUUGUCUGACAUUACAAAUGGAAGCUAGCUAAUGCUAUGAUUUUGCACAAAAUAUUGUAAACUUUCUACUGUUUACUUAUAAUAAGUGAAAAUUCAUUAUUAUUAUUAUAUUAUUCUCAUUUGGAAACUCAUGGCCACAGUAUAUGAAUGCAGUACUAACAUGCUCUGUCCUGAGAGAGACUAAGGAUUGCAGGAUUGAUUUAUAGAGGCACUAGUUACUAUUUUCACCAGCUUUGAAAGUAAGAAAUAAAUUACAUUAGACAGAUGUGGAAGAAUUUAGCUGUACAGGUAAAACCAUCAGAGGGAGCUCCAGAGCAAAACCAGAUGUAUUUAGAGUGUAUUCGAAAUGUUAAUUACUCUGCUGAAUGUAUUUCAUAAAGGAAUGUUAAUAUUCAAAUACUUUGGAGAUUAUUUAGUUUAAGUUUAAAUAUGCUUUCCUUGUGUUUAUACAGUGCUUUAUGUGAAAUAAUGUAAUGUUUUUAACUUAAUACUUGAAUUGUACCCUCAGUUUACUGAGGAUAUGUAACGAACUUUAAAUUGAAUGUAAAUAAAACAGUGCAAUGUGACUUUA